CUAGUUAGCAUUAAAUUUGAUAGGUGUACAAAGGGUACCGAGGGUCGACUCUUGAUUGAGAGUCUGAUUUCACAAAAUGUCAAUUUUCUUAUCCCUCCUCCCCAUCAUCAAUUUUCAAAUAAAGUCCGUUAAGAGUCGACGUCUGUUUUCGAAAGACCAAUUGUUCGUGUCACCGAAGAAGAAAGGGCAAGGUUUUAAGAUUAGGCUCCAAAUAACACCCGGAAGUGAAUAUGGAAACGUACAUGGUGCUGCACACUGUUGCCGCAGCCACGACUACCACGUAGGUGCGUACGCCAAGACGUAUGCCAUCAGCAGCCGCGCGGGCGCGGCCGGCCGUCGCCAGCCGGCCAAAACUAUCAUUCUUGUCACCACCGGGCCAGGCGGCCAUGACACUUAUGCCAUAUUGCCAUGCCCGCGACACAAAAAUUAAACUAUAUAUGUUUGGCGCCACAUCCCGGCGGCCGCCUCUUUCUCCUCUCUCUAACGUUGAUGUCUCCGUCCUCCUCCCGCUCCUUCCCCCAACCCAACCUCAGUGGCCGUGGCCCUGCCAUGGGCUGCGCUCACGCCAAGCCCUCCCAGGGCUCCCCUGCCCGCAGCGACGGCCGCGGCAUCGACCACCUCAUGCGCAACCACGGCUACGUCCCCGCCUCCCACCGCCGCCUCACCGACCCCCUCCCCACCACCGCCGCCGCCAAGGACUCUCAUCAGCACGCCGGCAUAAAUCAGGAUCGCCGUCCGACAGAAACAGCGACUACUACGAUCACAUCCACCACGGUUCCGCCAUCUUCUUCUUCACCAGCCCCGGCCCCAGCACCCGCACCAGCGCCCCUGCCACCGAGGACGAGUACGAGUACUCCGGGCGACAGCGAGACGGGGCUGGUGGACGGGUGGCCGACAUGGCUCCUAGAGAACGUGCCCCGGGAGGCUCUCCGGGGGAUCGUGCCCCGGAGCGCGGACGCCUACGACCAGGUGGAGAAGGUCGGCCAGGGCACCUACAGCAACGUGUACAAGGCCCGGGAGCGGUCCACGGGCCGCGUGGUGGCGCUCAAGAAGGUCCGCUUCGACACCGCCGAGCCUGAGAGCGUCCGGUUCAUGGCCCGGGAGAUGCGGAUCCUCCGCGUCCUCGACCACCCCAACGUCAUGGGCCUCGACGGCAUCGCCACCUCCCGCAUGCACCGCUCCAUCUACCUCGUCUUCGAUUUCAUGGCCUCCGACCUCUCCCGCCUCCUCCUCCUCCCCUCCCGCCCCAACCAUCAUCCCCCCCUCUCCCUCCCCCAGAUAAAGAGGUACAUGAAGCAGCUGCUGGAGGGGCUACACCACUGCCACGAGAGGGGGAUACUGCACAGGGACAUCAAGGGCUCGAACCUGCUGAUCACGCGGGACGGCGGGCUCAAGAUCGGCGACUUCGGCCUGGCAAACUACUACAUCCCGGCCCCCAACGGCCGGCGCCGGCCACUGACGAGCCGGGUGGUGACGCUCUGGUACAGGGCGCCGGAGCUUCUCCUGGGCGCCACGGACUACGGCGUGGGCAUCGACCUCUGGAGCGCCGGCUGCCUGCUGGCGGAGAUGUUCUCGGGGAAGCCGCUCAUGCCGGGCCGCUCCGAGGUGGAGCAGCUCUUCAAGAUCUUCAGCCUGUGUGGAUCCCCGCCAGAUGAUUACUGGCGGAAGUUGAAGCUCCCGGCCACGUUCCGCCCGCCCAAGACGUAUAAGUCGACCAUGGCGGAGAAGCUUGCCGGUCUGCCGCCGUCCGCGUUCCGGCUGCUCUCCACGCUCCUCGCGCUCGACCCCGCCGCCCGCGGUACCGCCGCCCAGGCUCUCCAGAGCGACUUCUUUACGACUCCGCCAUUGCCGUGCGACGUCUCGGAGCUCCCCGUCCUGUACAAGGAGGAGGUCCCGGAUCCGACCGCAUCCCACGAUGGAAGGAAGCCCAAGCUGAGACAGCGUUCUAACAAGCGAAGGGAAAGCAAGAAGAAAGCUGGGCAGGAACAAAGCGAGAAUGAACCGCCCAAGAUCUCCAAUGUCGAAUCUCCCAGCAAAGAGGGGGAGAAAGCUACUGAUCAUGACGCGGCAGAACCUGGUCAAGAAGCCGAUGCCGCCGCCAUUGCCCCCUCGGGCAUCCAAGAACUAGCCGAGAACACCAUCUUAAAGGCUUCCUCCAGCACUGUCUCCAAACGGUUCUCGGCCAGCCCAGUUCAGGCGUCGUCGCCCGCAGAGGGCUCGCCUGCGCCGCUGCAAGACCACCACCAGCAGCAGCUCCUGCUUCGGAGGGCAAACACCUACCACACAAGCAGCGACGACGAUCACCAGCAGCACCAGACUCUACUACUACCUCUGGAUGGUCGCGGCGAGGCGAACGGCGGUGGCGGCAUGGUGCGGCACGGCAUCGCCACCAGAUCGGCUUCGACAUCGGGGCACGACAUGAUGCGGCGCCGGGAGAGGGAGUUCCCACACAAACACUACGUUUCUGUGUAGCAGGGGGCAGCUGGGGUUGCUGGGUUUCCUUUUCUUUUUCUUUUUUUGUCAUAGCAGUCAGUCAGUCAGACAGAGAUUGUUCAGGUCCUAUAUGCUGCUGCUGCUAAUUUGUUGCUGUGAUCGAGUUGAACCGCAGUUUGUAUCAAUAAAUCAUCAUUUAUGAGAAGAGAAUUAUUGGUCAUCA